CGGGCUCAUCUCCUUUAAUGUCUUAUUCAUGUUGAGCCACAAUGCGCCACGGGACCGCGGCCGUAUAUGGACACUCCGAAAUCCGUAGCUACAUAUGUGGCUUGAACCCCUCCCCCUUGGCGGCGCGGUCUCACCGAGAAGUAUUGCUCCACUUACCUCGGAAGAUGACAAGUCUGGUUUCGUAGUGCUUACCAAGCUUCCUUCCUUUACUUCAAUACGAAGUAGUUGUUAAAAAGGAAGCCUGCUAGACUACUAUGUUGUUCUGAAUACUAUACUAUCUUCAUUUUUUUUCUCUUCGAAUAGAUAUAAUAUAGCCAGAUAUCUCAUCUAUCAUGGCUCCCAUAGGGAAACUGGCGCUCGCAGCCCUCUUCGCUGGGCUCUCCGUCUUCGGGUUUCGCGCCUCCAUGGGCCAGAUGGGCUCAAACGGAAUGGGCAAGCUAUUGCGGGAAGUCACAGGAGCCGGCGCGGAAAUCCUCGGCGCCCCGACGCCUUUUAAACGCGCCUUCACCGGCAUAGAAGGGCUGGACAAACACCUGUCGGUGCUUGUAGCCUUCUUCGCGGCGCUAGUCGACGACGGCGGCGCCGGCUGGGAAGUCACGGCUUUCUACGUCUGGGGUAUGGCCCAGUUUGCCGCCGGGUGGACCGCGCUCGUGCUCGAGGGCCGGAGGUCCGGAAAUCGCGGACGUAUCGUGAGUUGGGUUGGGACCGCCGGUCUGAUCUUCCAAAACUUGACGUGGACGUUUAUUGUGCCGCUCUAUCUUACUCUGCACCUGUUCACGUCACCCAUUGCGAAAUUGGGCGGUAAAGAUGCCAAGAGCAAAGGUGAUGCUGCGCGACAGAGCCUGUUCGUGUAUCUUUGGGACCUCGCACUCCUCCCCCUGGCCGUGACCCUGGGGCUCGUCGUGCCUACUAUUGUCAUGAGCUUGCCCUCGCUUCUCCACCAGUCCGCCGCCACUCAUUAUAACUGGAUUGCCUUCUGGCAGGCGUUUCCUCUGUGGACGGUACUUAUCCUAGAUGUUUUGCAUAAUGCCUGCUACUUCCUGUUCGGAAGCCUCACCCCACAGGACGCUCAGGGCAAACCAACUACGCCUGGGAAUGGCUUCAUGGCGGCCGUAUCGGGCGUGUACCAGUUCGGCUUGACAAUCAGCGCCGUGACGCACAUUCCCAUCUUCGCCGUCUCUCUGCUUCCUGAUCCGCUCCGCUCCUCCCUCGCCUCCGCAUUUCCCAAGUUCGCGUCCCUCUUUUCGCAAGUCACCUUCGCGCGCACAUUCGUGCCCCACCCACUCUCUGCACCCCUAACCGUGGAUCCGUCCAAUUACGGGCCGGGCGACCUUGCUCCCUUAGUCAUCAAUUUCCUCCAAUACGAUUUGUACACUGGCAACACGACUCUCUUUCUGUGGGCCCUGUAUCUGCACAUUACGACUUCCGGACGCUCCCUGGCAAAGUCUCUAGGUACGGCUAUUUUCUGGACGCUCGUCAGCGGCCCUACCGGCGCUGCUCUGGCUCUGCUCUGGGAUCGCGAUGAGCUUGUAAAGGAGGGAGAGAGUAAAGUUGCGAUUGAGGCGAAGACUAAGUAAUGGGAUGGAAAUAAUGCGACAUCUAGAAGGCUAGGGGAGAUAACGGCUAUUAAAAUAAGAGGGUGGGGAUAUUUAUGUUCGUGAAUAGGUUUGUAGAGGAACUUAUGGGAAAGGCUUUUACUCUCCAAAAGCUUUCAGUUGUCUUCCCUACCUAGUUGUUCAUCUCGGUUCUUAGGUUACUUGAUCAUAGACAGAUAUAAAGGGGG